GCCCGGUAUCCGAAAUUGCAGUAUACGACUUGACCAGUCCCCUAUGGGAGCUGCCCGGUGGCCCAGCUGGAAGAUGUAAACAUGGCCGGGUGUAUGCUGCUCGCCGGCCUCACCAGGAAUCUUUCCUGUGUGCACACCAAAUGUGCUUCACCAGUUGGACUGAGGCAGUAUGUUACUCUAGCACAGAGGGCAUGCCUGAUAGACGAGAACUCUAACUCUAAACUAGAAAAGCAGAAAAGAAUAAAUCAAGUUGUGUGUGUACCUUCAUUGCCACUCAUACAGUCAGCCAGGUCCACAAGCUUCUUCAAUAAAUUAACGGCUGAUCAGUUAUGGAAAGGUGUGACAAGCGUAAGCAAUGCUGGGAGGAAACAAGGACGUGGGAAGGGUGUCGGCAGGAAGAUUGCCAAAAAUCUCAACAGAGGACAGAUAAUUGGCAUAGGUUCGGAAAACAUGGUGUGGCCAGGCCUGAAUGCACCUGUUAUACGUGGCAGAGAACUUGUUCAGCAGCAAAAGCUUCCAAAAGAUGAGGAAAGGGAAGCAAAGCUCAUCAAAAUGAGGAAUUCUAUGGGGUCAUUUCGUGCUCUCCGAAUCAGUCCUCUUGAAAGAGGUUGGUCAGGCACUAAGAUGCCUGGAAGGAGCAUAGGUCCACCAGAUCCCAUUGGAGAAGAUAAUUUUGAAGGAUUUGACACAAAGGUACUGGAACUGAAAGUUGUAACAUGUAUGACUGCAGUUUUUGGAAGGAAACGACGAAUGAGCAUGUUUGUUGUAACAGGAAAUGGUAAUGGUUUAGGUGGUUUUGCAUUAGCCAAGGCGACAACUGUGACAGAUGUCAUCAGAAAAGCGAAGAAUGUAGCAGGACAAAGAUUGCUUUACAUUGAACGUUACAAUGAGCACACAGUGCUUCACGACUUCUUCACCCAGUAUGGUUAUACAAAAUUGUUUGUCAAGAAAAUGCCCAAGGGAUAUGGCUUGGUGUGUCACCGAGCCAUUCGCUCAAUCUGUGAAACCAUCGGCAUCAAGGACAUUCAUGCUAAAGUUGAAGGAUCCACCAAUGUGCAGAAUCUCACUAAGGCCUUUUUCUUAGGCCUUAUUAAUCAGAAAACACACCAACAACUAGCAGAUGAAAAGCAGCUGAACCUUGUGGAGUUUCGUGAAGAGAACCUGAAUUUUCCCAGGGUAGUUGCAGCACCUCAGUCAAGCAAGGUGCGCUUACCAGAGGAAAUACCCACCAGCGAAGAACUUGAUUUUACACGUUACGUAAUGGAUGGAAAAGUGCAGUUGCAGAGAAAGAAACACCCACCAUUUUAUAAGAAGUUGCCAAGCUAUAACAUUUAUCUGAAAAAAUUUGCAAAACAUCGUAAUAGAGAAAAGGUCCAGGUAGACAUGUUGGUUGAGCGUGGAGAAUUGUGCAGCUUCUACACUGACCAGUACGCUGAGUGUAGACCUGGAUUCUCAGUGAAACAGGAAGAGGCUUGAUAGACCACAGCAAAUAAAAAAUACAUAAUACAGCUUUCUAAUUACAAUAUUGUUAUAAAUUGGCAUUAAUACAUAUGUUUUUUAUUUUUAUGGUUGGUUUACUGUACAUAAGUGGAAGUUUCAGAAUGUGGUCAGUACAAAAUUAAUUGGAAAUCUAGAUUUCAUCAUUAACCCAUGCACUGCGCAAGUAUUUCAGAAGGCAUUCCUUGUGUGUACAAGAAAAAAAACUAAAAGAUUAUUUUGCAAUCUUAUGUUAAAAUAUCUUCCUUGAUCAUUGGAAAAAUAACAACAAAAUUGUAAAUCAGCAACUUUGGGUGAAGUAAAGUGAUGAAUUCUCAAAAAUGGCAUCAAAUCUUAAUCGCUGAUGUAGCAAAAUUCAUGCCGGGUUGCUCCUGGAGGUGGAAGUUGCUAUGAACAUUUAAUAUAUAUUUUUUAAUCAUU